AUGACGACUACUAGUCAAACUAGUGAUAGCCUUUAUUCAAAAGAAUCUUUUACGAAUGAUUUCACAGAAAUUGAUGAUUGGCUUGUUUUAUUCAAGGAUGAGAAAGCAUCGUCAACAUUCAACUACAAUUCAAAGCUAAAUGCUGAAAUUCACUUAGCUAUCACUACAGACCCUUCAGAGUAUGCAUCAUCGCUUUGUGAUCAUCUCUUUACGCUUUAUCGCGAUGUGCAACAUCGACCAUUUGUACUUCAAUUUCUUCCAUCAUUCGUCACAGCCUACUAUGAUAUUCUUCAUCAUCCGAAGUCAGUUGAUACUACUACUGAGGAUGUUUGGUCGACAAUUGAUACUUUUCUUGUCGCUCUCUAUAAUCUAAGUGUCCUCGAUGAUGGACAUAAUGAAAAAAUUCAUGAAUUUCGUAUUCCAAAUCUGACUUCACCAUCAAUUUAUCAUACACCGAAUCCUGAUUAUUAUGCACCUACACCACUUACACAACAUGCAAUAUCAAAACAUGAAAAAAAACGUGAAGUUAUUCGUUUACAUUCAUUUACUCCAUUUGAUUCAAUCAAUGCAACAACAAGUGGCGCUACAACACGGAAAGGAGGAUCAAGAAAUCUCGAUUAUAUAGAACAAAUUGUUUGGCUUUUACUUAUUCAAUAUGGUUCAUAUGUAUCAUAUAUGGAUAUAUAUUCUCGACGAUCAUAUUUUGAAAUGUCAAAAAAAUUACUUGGUCAAGGUUUUUCAUUUGAUGAAGAUAUUUCAAACAAAGAAAAAAAUUCUAUUUUACCACCUAAUGGUCGUCGAAUACGUCUAUCAAGUCGAAUAUUAUCAGAAAUCUUAGGAACAUUAUUCUAUUUUAAAGCUAAUUCAUCAGAUAAAGAAGCAUUUGAAUGUAUGCGUUUAUUAAGACAACGUGCUGAAUAUGAAAUGUAUGCUGAUGUAAUUUUAAUGACAGAAUCUAUGAGUUAUUUACAUGAAUUUGAUAAUCAUCAUUUUGAACAACAAGAUCCAAUGGGUAUUGAAAUUGAAUUACCACCAACAAUUGAUAUGGUUAAACAAAAACGUACAGCAACAACAACACGUUCAAUUAAAAAUCGACAACGUUCACAUAAACAUCAUCAUGAAAUUCAACCAGCUAUUAUUGAGAAUGAUUUACCGAAUGAUACAAUAGAACAUUUAACUUUUGUCCCAGCACCAAGUGAUGCAACACCAACAGCAUUAAUACCACCAAUUAAUCAUACAAAUAAAUCAUUAUUUGAAAUACUUGAUGAAAAUACACCAACAAGUGAAUAUCUACGUUCAACAAGUAGAAGAACAUCAACAACAUCAUCAUUAAAUGAACACAAUGAAAAAAAAUCAUUCGAUGAUAAUCAAGAUGUAACAUCAUCAAUGUUAACUAAUAUAUCAUCAUCAAUUGGAUUAGCAGCAUCAAGUUCAUCACCAUCAUCAAUACGUCAUUAUAAACCAUUAUCAUUAACAUCAACACAAACAUAUUUUAAAACAAUACAACAACAACAACAACAACAACGUGUAUCAUCACCAAAUAUACAAAAUGUUCAAACUAUAAUACAUGAUAAUAUUGAUAAUGCUUCUAUUCGACCACGUACAUCAAGUAUGAGACAUGGAGAAAAAAAAGAUGUUGUUGCUACAGUUCGAUUUAUGGGUACGGAUCAAAAUGGAACAAAUGUUAAAGAAACAUAUUUGUAA